AGUUCGACUGGCCCAGUUUUAAAUGAAUUUCACUUGUUCUAGUGUCAAUCCAUCGAGGGUGAUGAAGAUGAAGUUGAAAACCGCGGGCGCGGAAGAGGAUGAAAGUCUAGGUUGAUCCGCGAAUUAUAUGUACCAGACCUGCGGUAGUUGUAAACCGCGCACAGGACGGGCUUCUUCGUCGCGUGCUGCAACAUACAACGACAACACUGGGUGAGAGCCAGCCCUUCUUGCAGCCCUAAAAUAAAACACGACGACCACACGACGAGGACCACCAUGGAAGACUUCUAUCCUGAGUAAAAACGUACCCACACCAGAGUCAGGAUGGGGAUUUUGCAACACAAACCUAGGAGUUUUGUGAGAGACGCAUGACAAGUUGCGCUAUGUAGUGUAGUGCAGGUUAGCAAGUGCAGCCGCAUCACAGAUUCAUCUGCUCAUCCUGUUCACAGCAUCACAAAUUCCAAAACGCGAUUGGAAAUGGCUCUCAUGCGGAUGCGCAUUACAAGUCUUCCUGUCUUUGCAAAUCUGCAUUACAACUCUGGUGUGGGUACGUUUUUCCUCAGGAUAACUUCCGCACUUUCCUCACCGACUGCUCGCAGCCGAAGUCGCAACUAUCAAACGAAAAAAGUUCGUCGCGAUCACUCAUGCGCUUUUUUGCAAUACAAACCUUUCUGUCAUGCGUAAAAAUGCAUCACAGCCAAACUUCAUAGGGGAUCAUUCCGCUAGUGUUUCUGCAAUACAAGGAAAAGCUGUGACGCUAAAAAAAUCUGUAAUGCAAAACCUGCAACUUAGUGACUGUAACAAACUUUUUUCUCUCCAUAGCAACCGGCAACGUUGCAGUGGUGGCACGAGCUGCGAUUGGUCUACCGGAACGCGCGGAAAGCCUGCGGGGGGUUCACGUCGCCACGACCUGCUCCUGCGGCUGAUGAUAGUGGUAGUAGUAAUAGUGCAGCAGAGGCAACUUCUACUGCAAGCACUGCACAGGAGCCACAACCGCCACCCCUUGACCCGCUUCUGCAACUGGGCUGCAACACGUCCGCGGAGCAGAAACUUGGGUUUUUAAACAAAUUCCUCAAGUGCGUAUCACCUGCAAAUAUCGAUCUGGGUCUCGAAACUUGUGAUGCUAAAGCAUGGAUGAGUCUGGUGCUUUCCAGUGCAGCCAAGCAUGACAAGUUUAGUUGGCGCCGUCUGAUGCGUAGGACGCAUGACAAGCUGCGUUUUUGCAUCACAAAAGAGUCGCGCAUUUGGUGGCAAUGCAAUACAGAUUUUUCAGGAAUUAUGCAGGACAUGCAAUACAAGUUCCACCUUUCCAGACCCAGACAUGUUUGCCAUGGAUAGUGCGUCAACAACUACAAAAUUCUGCGACGGCAAGCUAUCACACAGAAAAAAGCAGGCAGGUAAGAUUUGUAAUGCAAAAAUAAAUAGACAAAACAACUGCAUGUCCUAAACAGCAUGCUACGGCGUUGCCCAUGACAGAUUUUUCUGCGUAUUUAUUUUUGCAUUACAAAUCUGCCCUGCCUGCUUUUUUCUGUGGGAUACAAGCUCUGGACUACUUGGAAGUGCUGUUAGAAGUGCAACCUAUCAACAACAACUAUGGGAACAACAAUUCUUGGCGGGAUCUGCUGCUUGUGCAUUGCAAAAGUAUCGUACUAGUAUAAAUCGCAUGACAAAUUUCGGAGGCAUGAAAAAUGGAACUUGUCAUGCGGAUUUAGCCUGGGAAUCAGAUUUGUCAUGCAUAUCUGCGAUUAGUACGAGUACGAUACUUUUGCACAGGAUACUGCUAAACGUCAACGACACGCGGCAGUACAUCCUCAUUGCUACUUAUCGCGAGAAACAAACUGUUUCAGUCUCAAGAACUUGUAAUGCGCAGUUGAGACAAUUUUUUGUCAUGCUCAACAUGCUAGAGCUAGAGCUAGAGAGGUUGUUUUUCAUCGAUGUUUAUUUCUCGUGCUGUCUGAAGCUGAACGCAUCACAGCUUUUUGGUUUCUUGCUUCGAAAAUUUGUAGUGCUAAAUGUACUUACUACUGCAAAGGUUCUUUGAGAGACUUCUGAAACAGCUUUUUCUGCUCGCGAUACCACUUCCGCCAACCUCGAGGACCCGCGAUGUUUAAAAGCGGCAAAGCAACUGCUGGAUCUAGCGGUGAGUAGCAGCCCAGGGCUGCAAAAUUUCGCGGGAGCUGCCGCCCUAGGGUCAUGUGCUGGCGGCGGCAGUUCCGCUUCCUCUACUUCUAGCAUCGGACAGAAAACGUCGAACAUCAGACAAAAUAGUACCCAAGGCGUAGUACCUGACGCUGUCGGCUCGCACGGCGCGGGCAAAACCUUGCUGUGUGACGAUGCAGAUACUGGAAUCGAUGAACCAGAAGAAGACACGGAAGACGACGUCUACUUAUCCCAGCACACCGCUGGCGUCUCCUUGCUUUCCCGAGCUCGGAAAAAACUUCCCUCGAUGCCGAAAUCCCCGCGGAAUCUGAUGAGUAAAAGUAGUUCGUCGAGCAACCAUCCACCAAAGUCGUCCGGAAACACGUUGCAAAUACCCGGACUGCAAGGGAGUAGUAACAGAAAUCCGAAACCGGGAGCUGCAAGUGGUAAAACAAACACGUUGCAACUUCCAGGACUACAACAAAACGGGCCUAUGGACCGGUCCCCCUCCGCCUGCUCCGAGAUGAUGCUUUCGCCCGUUAGCGGUUUAUGCUGUGCAAAAGUAUCUUACUCGAAGUCAUUGCAUUUAUGCUUUACAAAUGUUUUUCUUAAGGUAGAUCCGCAUGCCAAAUUUAAUGUGUAAUGCUGGGCUAAUUUGUAAUGCAAUUUAUACUAGUACGGCGCUACUUUUGCAGUUCAUACGGUCUAGGACACAACGACUUCGACGACGACAUUUGUUCUGUAGCGGAUUUCGGCAGCGGUGCCGACCGCGACCGCUGUCUCGGCGCAACAGCAGCCCUAGGACUCGGUGCUUCCCAGCGAAGUGGGAAUACCGCAGUAGUGGACCCGUACCACGGUAUGGAUCUCGUCCAGGCCCUGCGAAUUUACCUCGGAUUGGCGCGGCGCCCGGGGGUGAAGAAUCAAGAUCUGUCCUAUAACCCGCUCAGGUGUUACAAUCUCAAAUCGGUUUUAUUACCAUAGAAUCUGGGACCUGUCUUGCAUAUUGUUGAGCAUGACAGAUUCGCAGAGCAUCCCACUUUCCGCAAUACAAAUUUUGGAAGAUUUUUGUAGUGCGGUUUGGGACCACGGCCACUCCGGAAUUUGUCAUGCGGAAUCCUUUGAGCAGAGUUGGCUGGAUAAUGCACUUCUUGCAUCACAGAUUUCCAUAUGCAUAUUCUAUGGAAACCGGUUUGAGAUUGUAGCACCUGAGCGGGUCAUAUGUCCUGGUCAGAGUUAGAGAAAGAAGUGCGGGAAAGGGUGGAAAUGCACUUUCAAGGGCAGAAGCAUUUGAUUGACGCGUACUUUUAUUUUCUUUUUGGCAUGCAAAAUUCGCUACGGCAAUGAUUUUGUUUUUGUGUUGCACGAUUCGCUAUCGAUUUCAGAUCGCACGACAAGAUGAAGAUUAUCGAAAAAGCAACAAAGUACACAUAUACAACUCUCUUCAGGUACAUGAAGCACUGGCGCAUUUUAUCAAAAAGAAAAAUCCCCCCUCCCCAUAUCGAAACGGUAUGACUCCGAAAAUUUGCGUUGCUGAUUUGAGACCACAAAUCACGUCCGUCAUGCAAGAAGACAAGCGCAGAGGCUUCAGCGCCAUUAUGGAGGCAAUUUGGCAUGCUGUUGGACCUAGGGGACAGCCGUUUGCAAUGCUAAACAACGUGACCCAAACGCCCCUACCUAGGCUGAGGAUCUGGCUGCAAUGCCUUACUGCAAGACAGCGCGCAUUUGUGUACGGAAAUCCAGCAUCAGAAACUUCGUCUCGAUAUGGGGAGGGAAGAUUUUUCCUUACGAUGCAUUUGGCUGGCGGAAAACUCCCGGGUAGCGGACAAGUCACAGGAUUUGGUUUUGGAGCUUUCAAGCCACUUCGACCAAGCUUGGUAUCGCAGGAAAAAACUGUUUCACGUGUAAACUUGUAAUGGAAAAUGUGUAUCGCAAAAGUGUUUGCCUUGCUACACAUGCAAGACAGUGGGUUUUUAGCUGUGUUUUCCCUUCGGAGCCUCGCAUGAGAAAUUUUCUCUGUCCUCAUGUAGAGCAAACCUGUGAUGCAGAACUUGCAAAGUCGGUCCUUACAGUGGAACACCUUUUUUCGUCUGAUACUUGGGACCGCAUACCGAAUGACGUCUUAAACGGGAAAAUCCACUUUAACCCCUUCGACGACAACCCCAUUGUCACCCCGGUCGGAACCGAGGGCAAAUUAUCGGGAAAUUGCGCGAAGUGCGCCACGCAGUGCUACCGGCAUUUUACGGGCGAAAGGGUGAAGAUAAAAGGUAUGUAAAGGAAAUAAAUUUGGUUGACAAACCAAAAUCCCAACUACGCCAAUUUGUCUCAACGUUUAGACAAAACGUCCCAACGUUGACCCCGACGCCUCAACUUCGGCGCCGUUUAGGUUUGGGGUUAGGGUCUAGGGUUUGGGGUUCUGGUCGUCGGCCAGGGCAGCCGCCGCCGGCCGGCCGGCCGGCGGCGGCUGCCCUGGCCGACGACUCUCUCCUUUCCUUGUGUUGUGUUUCACGCCCGCGCCCCUGCCCGUGUGUGUUGCCGCGCCCCUGCGCCCCUUAUGGUUCAUGGACCCCGCCUCGCGUCAAUGGUGCCAGCCGGCCGCGCCUCUCCGCCUCUGCCGACGAGCGUUGUUGGAGGCCGCCGGGCAAUCGUUGAGACGAUUGCCCGUCGGCGUCAUGAACGUUGAGACAAGAACGUUGAGAUUCUGGUCUGUUAACCAAUAAAUUUGACAGGAAGAUGGCACUGACUUUGGCUUUGUCAUGCAGGGGACGUAUGAAUGGUAGAGUUUGUAAUGCGAAUGAUCCCUAUGCACAUCAUCAUACAUUAUCAAUAUCAGGUCGCGGGCUCUACAACCACAAGCCACGGUAUUGCGUCGUUUGCGAGUCCUGGUUUUGCGGCUACUGCAAGAGAACGAAGUUAAAGACCAUCGCGAGUAACGAACACGCGACCAAUAUCAUUUGUAAAAACGUCCCCACCCCGUAGUCAAGUUGGGAACCUAGCAACACAAGUCUCCAAGUUUUGGGAGCUGUGCAUGACAAGUUUCCCUCUGCAGUGUAGUGCUGAUUGGCGAGAUAAGCCGCAUGAGAAAGCCACUUUCGCAUUCUGUUUACAGCAUUACAGAUUCCACAACACGAUUGGAAAUGCCUCUCAUGGAGCUGCGCAUUACAAAUGUUCCUGUCAUUGCACAUUUGCAUGACAAACCUGGCGUGGGGACGUUUUUACUCAGGAUAACCAAAUUCGCGAGCUAUGUCUGCAACAGCGAGGUUUGUCUCGCGACGUUCCGGCGGAAUAAGUCGAAGUACGUAGCGCACCCCUGGGACGCGGGGCACGGCGGGAUUUUGAAGGACGUGGCGCUGUUUGUGUUGCUGAAACGGAACGUGAGGGGGUGAGGGCAUGGCGAGGGUAUACGGAGAGAGCGGGGCGAGUGGCGUGGCUGUGUACGACGUGAACACAUUAUUUUUACGGUAACUAGGUUACAAUCAUCAACUAGGUUAGAGUAAAAAGAAAAAUCCUGGAAGUCCAUAUUAAAGAGAAAAUCACAGAAUCACAAUCACAUUAACUAUGUAUGUAUCCCUCUCCUACCGCGGGGACGAUGCACCUUCGCUGUCGCUCCGAGAAAAAGAUUUUGGGUUGGAAGGAAUUGGGUCCGUUGCCAUGGACAAGUGUUUUGAAAUUUUUGGGAAGAGAAGUCGUACAACUUUUUCAAAAUCUACAUUUUUCAUCAU